AUGGUUUGCGGCAGUUUAUGGUGUUGCAUUUUACCGGUGCUAUUGGGUGUUUUUGGCGUAAUAAGUCCGUCUAAUGCAGUGCCUCAAACGGAUGGAAAGCUGGCACGCGAAGGAGUCGAUUUGCAAAAGUGUGGUGUUCCGCGAGUCGCAGUUCGGAGCCGUAUCACGGAUGGCGAGAUGGCCGUUGAGGGUUUGUGGCCUUGGCAUGGUGGAUUGUUUCAUCUCAGUGACUACCAGUGUGGUUGCACACUGAUCAACGAACUAUUUGUGCUAACGGCUAGCCAUUGUGUGUUCGAUGGCGAUACCGGUUACAGGAUCAACGAAAAACUCUUGCGUGUCAGGCUCGGUAUGCACCGAUUGUCCGCGAAUAGUAGUGAGCAAAUGCAAACAUUCGCGGUGAAGUCAAUCAUUCCACAUUCGAAGUUUGUCCCAAAUAGCCAUAAGCAUGAUGUUGCAAUGCUGCGAUUGAAUGGGACGGUUCGAUACACUAACUACAUUCAGCCUGUCUGCCUGGACUUGACCGAGUCGAUCUGGGUCGAGUACCUUGCGGAUGUGUUCGGAACUGUUGUGGGCUGGGGUCUGACGGAAAAAAAUCGCAUCUCUGAUCAGCUGCUCAAAGCGGAGUUGCCGAUCGUACGCUACACGGAUUGCGUCGAGAGUAACCCUGACCUAUACGGUCGUCUCAUCUACAGUGGGAUGUACUGCGCUGGUAUACUAAACGGUACUAGCCCCUGCAACGGAGACAGUGGUGGAGGGAUGUAUAUCUUCCGUGAAAACCGCUGGUUCCUGCGAGGAAUCGUGUCCUUUUCGGGCAUCCGCGAGGGCACCAACUACUGCGAUUCGUUCAGCUACGUCGUGUUCAUGAACGUCCCGUACUACGCGAAAUGGAUCGCGGAAGAAAUUGACGCGGCCAGGGAGCAACAGAAGCUCAGUGCAACAACCACUGCAAAGCCGACACUAUCCAAUCGAUGGGACUCGGAAAUGAACGUAUACCACGAGCAGGACACUACCGUGGCGCUUCGGAUGCAAACGGAAGCUGAUGCGAUCUCAGAACACGUGGUCAAACGGACGGUUCUCUGUGGCCAAAACGUGACGCUCUCGUGUCGACGUUUGAUCGUCUAUUCACCAAAGUCCGUACAGUGGGUUAAGGUGGAUGAUACCGUACGCACCUUUUUAAGUGAUAAUCACACGCUCAGUCUGCAGAAUGUGCGACAUCAGCAUGCCGGCGAAUACCGCUGCCAAGUGGUGACCAGUUCAGGCUUCACGUACGAAUCCCGAAUUCUUCUCACCGUAAGCCAGGUUCCAAUUCGAUUCAACCAAAACGAACGGCCAUCGUACGCGGUAUAUAACGCCCUCGUGGAGGACCGAUUGUCCAGCCGAUUCACCUUCGAGCUGACCUUUAGCACGACCGAAUCCGAUGGGUUGCUGUUCCACAAGCCCCCGGUUAGUGGUGUCGAAAGCUGGAGCUUUUCACUACAGCUCGAACGGCAACGGCUCACGUUGCGAAUCGUUCCCCCGGGUCAAAGUGAGCGGGUCUUUCGAAGCGUCCGGUUGCAGUUAUGGCCUGACCGGUGGCACACGGUGCUGGUGAGCAGCUUCGACGGCCAAGGACUCAUCGCUCUGGACGGGCAGUAUUUGCUGGGAUUCGAGGGUCAUUUGAUGCAACAUCGCCUCGAUAGGUUUUUCAUUGCGUAUUCGCCCGACCUUCAAAUCGGGGGCUUUAGCGGCUGCGUGGCUCGGCUGAUGGUGAACGAGAAGGUGCUGCUGCUGGAGCGUGACUUCUCGGAGCGAGUUGGAAUGGAGUGGUGCGAGUCCUGCGGCAGCCUCGCAGGAUGCAAUCAGGACUCGUGCCCGGGAGCGCAACAGUACUCGUGCAUAAAUUACGUUUGCCGCGAUGGACGAUGCGAUGGAACGGAUGGUUUGGCCUCCGGGAGUGAUUGCGAUCUGGAGCUGGGCCAAUACCCGCAAGGCUUGAGAUUUCAGCACAACGGUUACGCUUCUUAUAGGAGCUUUCUGAGGGUGACGCUGACGGUUGAUCUGCAGUUCCGGCUGCACAGUUUGGCUGAUGGAAUCAUACUCCACACGGCCGAGCAUCGACGCGGACUUGGAAGGUUUGUUUCCAUCCUGGUGAAGGCGGGUCGUAUCGAGUUGCGCUUUACGACGGAUGCGCAUCUUCACACGAUUUUCCUCGAGUCCUCGAUCAAGCUGUUAGCAGAACGAUGGUAUCGGUUGCAGGCUGGCCAUCGCGAUGGUUGUGUCUAUCUGCAGGUGGAUGAUGAGCAGGAGAUAGCUCGAAGUGUGCUUGGAACGGUGUUCUCCGUCGAUCAGCAGUUGGUGGUGUUUGUAGGAGGUGUUCGAUGGCAGGGUUUCAUCAAUCGGCAUCGAGAUAUGAAGCAAGGACUCGACGGGUGCAUCAAAGAGUUAAAACUUUCCGGCCUUCCAGUGGAUCUGGUCGACGAUAUGGUAGAGUCAGCAAACAUACGCAGCUGCCAGGAUGCGAGUAACCGUGUGUGA